GUUCUGUAGCCGCCACUGUUUAUUUUCUCUACCAGUGUUUGCUUAUUAUUUUUUAUCCGUUAAAUCUUUGCUGAGUUUUUGGCAUCGUCUUUAUAUUUGUUGUUGACGUGUUUGACCUUAGUGCAGCGUUCGAUACUGUUGAUCAUGACAUUUUAUUGAAACGUCUUCAGCCUAAUGUGGAGUCACUGGCAAGGCCCUUGAUUGGUUUUCGUCCUAUUUGUCAGAUAGAAGUCAACGUGUAUCCAUUCAAGCACUAGUUAAAUAACGCGCGGAUCUUGAGGUAUAUUUAUCAACGUGAAGGAAAGAUUUGCUGCGAACAUGUCGCUUCACGAGACACUUCUUAUGUUUGUAUUUGUUGCUUCAGUCGGAAUGGAAGUUUACGCAUGCGUAUGUUAUGUCGGCCAGGAAGCAAACUCUGUCAAGGGUGAACCACCUCUGAAGUUACUGCCUGAUCAAAACCCGUGUGAAUGCACGGAGUUUCGUCCCGGUGGGGUUAACACAAAGCGACAGGCAAAGCCUCGUGAAGUAACGUUUGGUAAUGACGGUCAUCCAGAAGGCUGGAUUGAGAAGGACUGCAUCAAAGAAGCAGCAACGCCAACUCGUCAACAGCAAGAUGAUGCCCAGAGUGGUAAGUAG